AUGUCCGCCGCCCGCUUCGAGCUGCCGACGGCGGCGUCGAUGGUAGCAUUGUCGACAGCAGCGGGCAUCAGCAACUCUUCGUCCGGUAACAGCAACGGCAACGGCCACGGCACCUCCUCCGACAAGGCUGCUCCCGCGCCCGCGGCUACCACGACUGCGACUGCAACUGCUACCGCAACAUCGACUGCCACCGCAGCUGCUGCCGCCCUGCUGCCUGCGCGCAGACCGAGGCACCAGAUCACCCGCUCCAUCACCGAGUUCUCGCCGCCGCUCAAGAUGCAUCGUCACCGCCACAGUCACCACCACCACCCGACGCCGCAGCCACACCACCACAGCAGCAGGCGGGACAACAGCAGCAAGUUCCUCUUCCCAGACGAGAGGUCUCCCGGGCUGUCGGCGACUGAUCGGAGCUUGGUGUUGGGGAGGAGCUCGCUCGACAUGACGAGGUCGGAGUUCGCGACGCCCAGCAGGAGUCCGGAUUCGAGCAGACGGACGAGUGCCCUUGUUGGCCCCAUGCUCGGGGGCGGGGAGAAUUCUUUGAACGUCUCGCCGCCUCGAGGGAAGGGAAAGAAAGCCAAUACUGCGACUUCACUGGUGGUGGAGAAGGAGAGGACUGCCAACAGGGUCACGGGUUUGAAGAAGUCGCUCGUGGACCUGAGCAGCUUCUCAACGACGACGACGCGCCGGCUUGACGAGACGUACUACUCCGUCCUCGAGAAGAAGAGCAUGCUGCACAAUACCAUAUCGGCGAUCAAGGAGCUGGCGGUGGCGUCUCGGCGGCUGACGGGGGAGUUUGAGCGCGAAGCCGAAGAGAUGGCGCGGGACGUCGACGGGCAGCUGGCUACCUUUGGGCAGUUCAACGAACAGGAGCAACGCAUCGAGGCGUUGCAGACGAGGAUCGAGAAGGGCAGGACGCGGAUUCAGGGGCUCGGGGAGAGGGUUGACCUUGUCAGGAGACGCAUCGAGGGAUGGGAGAGGGCAGACAGGGAGUGGCAAGAGAAGACGCGCAAGAGGUUGCGGACUGUCUGGAUCGUCAUGUCUGUCGUGUUCGCCAUCUUGAUCCUGUUGUUUAUCGGUGCACAGUAUGCGCAGCAAGUUGGCGGUGUCGACCUGGAGGACGUCGCUGCCAGGAUUGUCGAGAAGGGUGCUAAUCGCACUCCGGGCUUGGGUGUUGAUAGCAAGGGUGACGGGAGUCAGGAAAGGCAUGUGCCGCCGCUGUGGGGAGAUCGCGGUGGAAGAGAGGAAGAGGACAGGUUGAGGGUUUUUGACGAGUUGUAG